AACGGUAGGGUUGGAAUGUUCUGGCUACUCUGAACACCUAAUGGGUCGUCAGCGGGCGGGGAUAACAUUCCACCCGCUCACUUUUCCGUGCCUUGCUGGAUGAGGGAGGAAGUCUCUGGGCUCGAGCUGGACGUUUUGUGGAAUUUGGGGGGCAUCUAGUUAGCUAAAGACCCACCUCUCUUGACUGACCACCUUCAGUCAUUUCCAUCAACAUGGCAGGAAAGAUCUCCAAAGACGAGCUGGAGGAGCUGCGAGAGGCGUUUGGCAAAAUUGACCUCGAUGGCAAUGGAUCCAUCUGUGACUAUGAGCUCCAUGAACUGUUCAAGGAGGCCAACCUUCCACUGCCUGGCUACAAAGUCAGGGAGAUCAUUCAGAAGCUGGAUCGCAACAAGGACAACAAGAUCAGCUUUGAUGAGUUUCUGUCGAUAUUCCAGGAGUUGAAGAGCAGUGACAUUGCCAAAAGCUUCCGCAAGGCCAUUAACAGGAAGGAGGGGAUCCUGGCCAUUGGGGGUACAUCUACGCAGUCCAGUGAGGGCACGCAACACUCCUUCUCUGAGGAGGAGCGGUACGCGUUUGUUAACUGGCUCAACACAGCGCUGGAGAAUGACCCUGACUGCAAGCAUGCCCUGCCCAUGGACCCCAACUCAGAUUCCCUCUUCAAGGCCAUGGGCGACGGCAUCGUUCUCUGUAAAAUGAUCAACCUGUCGGUGCCAGACACAAUUGACGAGAGGACCAUAAACAAGAAGAAGUUGACACCGUUCACAAUACAGGAGAAUCUGAACCUGGCUCUGAACUCGGCCUCUGCUAUUGGCUGCCACGUGGUGAACAUCGGGGCUCUGGACCUAAGGGAGGGGAAGCCCCACCUGGUACUGGGCCUGCUGUGGCAGAUCAUCAAGAUCGGCCUUUUUGCUGACAUUGAGCUCAGCCGAAAUGAAGCCCUGGCUGCUCUGCUGAGAGAUGGAGAGACCCUGGAGGACCUGAUGAAGUUGUCUCCAGAGGAGCUGCUGUUGCGCUGGGCUAACUUUCACCUGGAGAACGCUGGCUGGCAGAAGAUCAAUAACUUCAGCUCCGACAUUAAGGACUCCAGAGCCUAUUUCCACCUUCUCAACCAAAUUUCCCCCAAAGGCACAGAGGAAGAUCAACCACGCAUAGACAUCAGCAUGGCAGGCUUCAGUGAGAAGGAUGACCUGAAAAGGGCAGAGAACAUGCUUCAGCAGGCUGACAGGUUGGGCUGUCGACAGUUUGUCACCCCAGCUGACGUCGUCGCCGGCAACCCCAAACUCAACCUGGCCUUUGUGGCCAAUCUCUUCAACAAGUACCCAUCUCUCACCAAGCCUGAGGGAGAGGACAUCGACUGGGGGCUGCUGGAAGGUGAGACACGAGAAGAAAGAACAUUCCGGAACUGGAUGAAUUCCCUGGGUGUAAACCCACAUGUCAAUCAUCUGUAUGGAGACCUAGCGGACGCCUUGGUCAUCCUCCAACUUUAUGAAAAGAUCAAAGUGCCCGUCGACUGGACCAACAAAGUCAACAAACCACCAUAUCCCAAGAUUGGUACCAACAUGAAAAAGUUGGAGAACUGCAACUAUGCGGUGGAGCUGGGGAAGACGACGGCGAAGUUCUCUCUCGUUGGCAUCGGUGGGCAGGACCUGAACGAUGGCAAUGCCACCCUGACGCUAGCCCUGGUGUGGCAGCUGAUGAGGAGAUAUACGCUGAAUGUACUGGAGGACUUAGGAGAUGGACAAAAAGCUAAUGAUGACAUCAUUGUUAAAUGGGUCAAUACAACCUUGUCAGAGGCAGGGAAAACGACCAAGAUCUCAAGCUUCAAGGACAAAGAGAUCAGCACCAGUUUACCAGUGGUGGACCUGAUUGAUGCCAUCCAACCUGGAAGCAUCAGCUACGACCUGGUCAAGACUGGUAGCCUCUCAGCUGAGGACAAGCUGGAGAACGCCAAAUAUGCCGUCUCCAUGGCGAGGAAGAUCGGCGCGCGUGUCUACGCUCUCCCAGACGACCUGGUGGAGGUCAAGCCCAAGAUGGUGAUGACCGUGUUCGCCUGCUUGAUGGGCCGGGGGAUGAAGAGGGCUUAACGGACUGGUUGUGCCACUUUGGCAUUCCCACACAACUACCCACAAGCCUUUUGCUUUAUUAAGGGCCACCCGGGAAUGAAGAAAGACAUGUGGAAGAAAAUUGUUACCAAUAGACAUUUAGUUUUUAGUUUUUUUUCAAUCGGUUUUGUGCUUUUUUUCACGUGUGUGUGGUACAUUUUCACAACUUUUUGUACAAAACUCUAAACACAGCAUCAUGAUAUCUUCUCAACUUAGUUAUUUUAACAACCAGUUAAUCCAUUAGUAAACAUGCAAGAUACAUGUUUCAAAAUUGCCCUUUAAAUGUAGUAUGCUACAGCACAUUACACUGUUUUCACAUUAGGGAAUACACUUACAUUACCCAUCAACAUUUACUGAAAAUCAAAUUUCUAUUUAAUGUGUGUUCAUUCUUUCAGUCAUUGAUGCAAAAUAUAAAUUUAUUGUUCAGAUAUAAUUACACUAGGUCUACUGUAAUCAAAUGAAACAAAUUAAAUUAAUGAAAGAAACAAUGUUUUGCAGGCACGAGUUUGCAUCAAGCCAGUUUUAAACAGUUGACCAUAGGUUCUCAUCAACACAGUAAAUGUCCUCAUUGUUCAUGCACCUGGGGGAAAAACCUGUUGACAUGGUGAAUCCAAGCCUGACAUUGAUCUGGAUUGAUGUCAUUGCAUGCCUCAUUCAUGGCCUGAAGGAGGGUGGCACACUCAUGGGGAUGGCAAUCAUACACCUUCCACCUGUAUUCUAAUAUUGUAUUGUACUUGUGUUCUAUUGGCCCUAUGUGGCUCAGUAAGAGCAUGGCACUAGCAACACCGCAGAGUUUUUGGUUCAAUUCCUACUGGGGUCACAGGAAAAUGUGUUGACUCACUGUUGCCACUUUGGAUAAAAGUGCCUGCUCUACAUAAAUGGCAUAUUAUGAAUUAGUAUUGUAUUGACCAAUGCAAUUAUAGUAAAGCGGUGUAACCCCUCCCCCCAAUCAAAAAGACCCCUGUAAUUUUGGGUACAUGUUCAGGGCAGUGGUGAGCAACAUACGGCCUGUGGAAAAUAAUGGACCCUUUUCUGGCCGGCAAAUAGCUUUCGACAAAAAAAUAGGUCCUGGGGGGGAAAUCUGCGGCAUUCAGCUGAAUUAAAAUAAAACAAAUCUCAAUAUGGCCCUCGAGACAAUUAUUUAGGGGAUUCAAUUGUUACAAACAGUACAUAUCUGGUCUUGUAUAUUGUGUUUUUUUACUUACUCUGAAGUAAAAUAAAGGGUCACCAUCAUAAUAUAUUUAAUCAAUAAGGCAUGAACAGGUGUGGUAUAUGGCCAGUAUACCACAGCUAAGGGCUGUUCUUGUGCACAACUCAUCGCCGAGUGCCUGGACACAGCCCCUAGCCGUGGUAUAUUGGCCAAAUACCACAAAUCCCCGAGGUGCCUUGUUGCUAUUAUAAACUGGUUACCAAUGUAUUUCAGAGCAGUAACAAAUGUUUUUUCAUACUUGUGGUAUGCGGUCUGAUACCACGGCUGUCAGCCAAUCAACAUUCAGGGCUCGAACCACCCAGUUUAUAAUACAUUAUAUAUCAUACUUUAUGUUCAUACUUUACAAACAUUUUCAUGGUGUAGUUCUCAAUCUAGUAGACAAACCAGUUUAAACUCUACAGGUUUACCAAAUGGUUAAGUGAUUAUCAAUUGAGACCAUUCGGAUUAGGUAAGAGUAAAAAAUACAAUCAUAUCAAAAGUAACGUGAGCAUUGUAUUGUGAAAAGAAUGUACUUUAUUUGAACGUAUUGCAAUGUAAGACUUAUUUAUUUCUAGAUGAAACACUGAUUUAAGUUUUAUGAAAAGGUGAAUGUGUGUUGUACUUAGUCAGUUGAAUUUGUGCAUAGUUUAAAAACUGCCUUUUUGAUCAUCUGUUUUGUACUAAGCGUUGUGAAAAUGUAUCACAUACUUGUGAAAAUUGCACCAAAGUGAUUGAAAAAAAACUGUAACACUGCAAUCAAAAACCUAAAAUUUCAACCUUGUUUUGAACGGAGGUAUGUAUACUACAAAAUAUUGUGCAGUCUUAUUUGCGGUAAGCCCAUAACAUAAAGUUACUGAAGAACACUAUGCCUCGUGUUACAGAGGACAACUUCCUAUGUUACUUUUCGAUAUGCAACACUAUCUCAAUUCAUGUUUCAGAAUGCUGUAUGGUAUAAGUAUGUAUGUAUUUUUCCAGUUAACAGGUUGUGUUUCUGAGUAGUUCUACUCCGGUUGAUUAUGUUACAAUUAUAUCCUUGAUGUGUACACUAUAUAAUACAUAAUCAUAUCAUCCCUUACACAGUGGAUAACAAUAUUUAACUUGGACAAACUGAAAUGGUGGUGGUUUAGGUGUUGCACCUGAACUUUCUCCUCUCCCUUAUUGAAAUGCAUGCAUAUCUUAAUAGCUUGUCUUCUCAACAGCUGCAUAUCUACGGAAGCCAUAAGGUCAAACCUUAGUAAUGACCAAACCUGAAGGGUAUUCUCUGUAUUCCUGUAUUUACUUUAUUUUGGGGGGAUUAUGGUAGAUAGCUAGUAAACUGAGAGCAGCUGGGUGUCUGUCUGGCUUUUUCCUAUUGUGCUAUUUGUAUGUCUUAUUACUCUGGAAGAAACCAAGGGAGCUCACUUGACAGUUCGGUUUCCCUGGUUGUGCAGUAUCUUUUAAUGCCAACUUCUGAUGCGCAUUUGUUUCCUCUUUUCUUUUGUAUUCAACAUUACCAAAAAAAUAGCCUAAACUAUUUCUGCCUUGCAGAUAGCUUCAUUAUAUUCCAUAGUUACCGUACCAUUGCAUUUUGGUCUCAUGUGUAUAUGUUUACUCUGAAGUGCUUUAUACAAAUAAUAAAGAAGAAAAUGAACAAUG